UUUUAGUAAUAUAUAAAUAAAUUGACCUGACCCAUAGUGCUACGAAAAUAUGAUAUGAUUUGGUUGUGAAAACUAUGUAAAUAAUCCUUUUACAAAGUACGUUUUAUAAUUUUUCUGAAUUUUGUAAUAACCGCAUUUUUCCAUUUGGAAAACAUCGGGUAGUUCCGGCGGCCGACCAUCAUAAAUGUUGAAUCUACUAUCCGGGGCACUGGAAUGCGGAUGUAGUUCUUCUGAUUGAUAUUUGCCAACGUCAACUUUUAACAACAACCACGGCAAAUAUGGCGGCAGACUCAAACUUGGAUUCUUCCAGCAACCUGAAAGAACUGGAAGAUGCCAUAAGAAUUGCAGAACUUGAUGAUGUAGGACUCCAGACUGAAAACUUUAUUGUCUUGUGUAUCAAUCGUUACUUAACAGAUCCUGAGUUUAAGAAACAGACCAACUCUGACACAAGUCAAGUUUUGGAUGUGCACGACAUCACACUAGCUGAUACCUCAACAAAGAGAAAGUUGCUGCUGUCUAAUAAACUCAACUUUUAUGUGCAACAGAACAAGUUGCGUGUUGGCAGCACGGUGUGUCUUAACAAGUGUAAAGCAAGAUUUGAUGAAACAGAUUUACAGGCAGAAAGUCUCAUUAUCAUUGAGGAACUUCAUGUAACUGGACAGAAAACUGCUGAGGACUUCAUUGAGAGCUAUGAUUUGCCAUGGUAUCCUGAGUCUAAUGUGCGACAGACAGGCAGAAUCCCCAUAGCAUCUGGGAGGGGUUCUUAUGUCAGUGUGUGGACCAGCAGUGAUGUCGUUGUUCCUGAAAGUGAAGGUACAGUUCCAGCCCAGAAUGAUGUGGAUGAACCGCUGACCCUUGACCUUUGCUGCAUAAAAGAGCUAGCCACCAGGUGGGGUCGCAUUCAGUCCACCAAACCUCCCGUCCUAGUCCGAGUUGUCCGCAAGUCUCGUCUUCUCAACUAUGCAAAACCUGAUAAAACAGACAAGUGGCCAUUCCAGCAUCACCUGCUGGUGUGUGACAAGUCUGGAUACUGCACUGUUGUGUUGUGGAAUGUUGUGUGUCUUCAAUACUUGAAGCAAAUAAAGGAAGGAUCUGUUCUGAUGUUGCGAAAUUUUACAGUGAAGAAAAGCUUCUCCAUAAAUUACCAGUGGCAUAUACAAGAAAAUGGCCUUGACCUUUACCCUAUUGACCUUAAUAUGAAUGCUCAUCAUCCGAAGGGAGAGAUUUUGAUCCUCAACAACAGGAGUUUACCCAGUCUACUUCGCUUGGCGGAGUUGAAGUACCGAUUAAUUACAAGAAAUCAACUUAGUUCUCUGCCAGACAACGUGGUGUGUGAUAUUGCUGGCGUGGUGGUGUAUGUCGGACGUGUGGAGAGGGAAGCCACUAAGGGUCGGACACAAGGGGACAGCGGAGGGUUCUGGCUGAGGAGGUGGGUCCACAUUCGUGACCACAGCCACAACAAGCCCUUCAUCCUUCAGAUGUACAGGGGACAGGAUGCUGUUUUUGACAGCCUCAAGCCCCACCAAGUAGUGAUGUGUCGACAUGUGAGGGUGAGGCACAACCUUGCCUCCCUGCACCACUCCCGCCAACACCGGCACAUCUACGUCACCACCACUGCACUGUCGCAGUGUGUGACAUCCCAACACGCCUUGUCUCCCUCCGUCCGAGCGUGGAUGAUCAACCUGUCUCGACGUCUCAAUGACAUGGACCUGGACAUGUCUGUGGGUGGCUACUUCUCCUACCCCCCUCUACCUCACAGCCUCGCCGAGUUGAAGACUAUGCACCCUAACAUCAUGAUCACCCCCUGCAGUGCGUGGAGAGAGACCCUGGAGAGAUCCAGCUACAUGCAGCAUAUACGACUCUACGUACAGGCCAAGCUAGCUGCUGUCAAGUUCCAUGGGCUAGAAACAUCAAUGGCCCAGGGAAAAUCAAAGAAAAAACAGAAAGGUAACCCUUUGGAAACAGUUGUCAAUGCUGACACACAUCAGAACAUUGACCGCUUUGAUUCUGUGGGGGACCACGAAGUGUCCAACAGUCAUUUGUGUCCAGUCGAUUAUCACCGGGGGGACAAACUGACCUGGAUCAACCUCCCAGCUACUGACCAGCCAAAGCCGGAAGUUGGAGGGCCAAAGUUCCAGGAAUCUGAGGAAAUGUUUGUAACAACAUGGCAAGGCCUGAAUACUCGUGUUCUUUUACAUUCUCUGCGAGACGUUAGCUGUGUUAAUUUUCCAAAGCGGACAGACUUUGCUGACUUCUUAGAAGGGAAAUACGACACAGAAACAAGCCAGGAAGGAUCUGAAGUCACUGUACUGACUGUCCGCCAGCUCCUACACACAGCAGAGAACUGCCACCAUCAGCGCUUCCUGGUGGUGCUGGAUCUCUACAGAGAUUCCGACACACAUGUUGAAGUUGUACUCAACAGGGCGUACGUGUUGUAGCAUACAUGGUUGUGUGAUGAAUGUUUGUUGUCGGUGAUGGUAGAUCUGAAUGUCAUUGAAAGUCAUGGCUGUUAACACUUGAAGAUUGUGUGGAUGUGUGGGACAGAGUGUUACCUGUAACAUAGCAUAACAUAGCUGAAGAUGUAACCAACAGAAUGCUUGUGUGUCAGUACACUGGGUGAAUGAACCUCUACAUAUUGUAUAGUUAACAUUGGAUACUGGUCGUUCUUGUCAUUUUGGGGGCGGUCGGGUAGCCUAGUGG